AUGAAUAUUAUCAUUAUCAACAUGGUCUUUACUUUGGCUAUUGGAGUGACUGCUUUGCCGGUUAUAAACUCUCAAGUCCACCCACAAGUGAGAGACACGGCGGACAAAGAUGGCACAGAUGGCGAUUGGGUGUUGCUGAAGAAGGCUAGCAUCUCGGGAACCGAAUUCUGA